ACGAUGUUCCACUUUGUCGCGUAUGGCGGCAGUUACCUCAUUUGUUGGCUCUGUGUUACGAUGAUCUACAAUGCCAUCGGCGUGACAAAACUGGGACCGGACCCUCCAUACUUUGUGAUCUUCGUCAGCAUGGCGGAUGGGAAGUUUUGGCUCUGUAUGCUGAUUAUUACGCCCGUCGCCCUUUUGCCUAGGCUUCUGAUGAACUCUUUGACCAAUACGUUCUCCCCGAGCCUGGACACUGUGGCUGCUCUUCUAGAGAAGAAAUUUGGUAAGGGCACCAAGCUGCCUCUAGAGGACUACAUGGAUGACUAUGACACUAGCAACUUCUCAACUGUCGCCGAUCGCGGGACCCUUGGGGGUUCAGUUCUAGAAACAAGCGUCUCGGAGCCUGUCACAGUACAGGCCCUCUCCGGUUCA